UUUAUUUAAAAAACAAAUUUUAUUUCUUAAGUCAAUAACUUAAAAAACACAUUUGAACCUUAAUCGAAUAAUCCCAAGCCCAUGUCAUCGUCAGAUUCCUCGGGUUCGGGCUCCUUCUUCUUCUCUUCCUUGGCGGGAGCGGCGGCAGCUGCGGCUUGGGGAGCAGCAGCGACGGCGGCUCCGGCGGGGGCGGCACCUACUCCGGAUCCAAUGUUAGUGAUGAGCUCCUUGAUGUUGACACCUUCGAGAGCCUUGGCGAAAAGUCCGGGCCAGUAGGGCUCAACGUCUACGUUGGCGGCUUUCAAGAUGGUCUGGAUUUUUUCACCCUUAAAAAGAUUGAUUGCGAUAUCAUCAUCAGCUAAAAUAAGGGCCGAGUAGACGCAGGCGAGUUCAGCGUUUGAAGCCAUUUUGUACUGUUUCUAAUAGUUUUUAGUAUAAAAAUUGGUGCAAGUCGCCGUGGGGCCUUAGCUCUUUAGAGAACAAGCACACGUCUCGUUUGAAAUGUGCAAAGAAAAGAAUUGGAAGUCUUGAAGUUGUCAAUGUCAAAU